AUGGCCACUCUAACCCUGCAAGUUCUAUGUUCAAUUCUAUUCACUUUCUCCUACCUCUCCUCCAAUUUGGCACAACAUGACACAUAUAUCAUUCACAUGGAUUCAUCAGCCAUACCCAAAGCCUUCUCUGACCACCAUAGCUGGUACUCAGCCACCCUUUCUUCUGUAUCAGACAAUUCUAAAGCAGCCACCUCUAGUCUUAUUUAUGCUUACACAGGUUCUAUACAUGGCUUUAGUGCAUCUCUCACUCCUUCCGAGCUUGAGACCCUACAAAAGACCCCUGGCUAUAUUUCCUUUACCCCAGAUCGUCCUCUUACCAUGCACACAACCCACACUUCUCAAUUCCUUGGUCUAAGUUCUGCCUCUGGUGCAUGGUCAGCAUCUAGUCAUGGUCAUGAUGUCAUAAUUGGUUUAGUUGACACUGGAAUUUGGCCUGAGAGCGAGAGUUUUAAAGAUGAUGGAAUGACUCAAAUUCCAUCUAGAUGGAAAGGAAAAUGUGAGUCUGGCACCCAAUUUAAUUCUUCCUUGUGCAACAAGAAACUUAUCGGUGCUCGCUAUUUCAACAAGGGUCUACUCGCUAAGAAUCCUAAGGUAAAUAUUACAAUGAACUCUCCUCGCGAUACAAGUGGGCAUGGAACACAUACUUCAUCCACAGCUGCAGGCAACUUUGUAAAAGGCGCAACUUAUUUUGGCUAUGCCACUGGUACUUCUAAAGGCAUGGCACCACGGGCUAGAAUAGCCAUGUACAAAGCAGGUUGGAGAUAUGGGGUCUAUUCAUCUGAUGUUCUCGCCGCAAUAGACCAGGCAAUUCAAGAUGGGAUUGAUAUAUUGUCCUUGUCCUUGGGUUUUAGCUUGGAUGCGAAUGUCUUACAAGAUGAUCCUAUUGCAAUAGCCAGUUUUGCAGCCAUGGAAAAGGGUGUAAUGGUUGUUGCUUCAGCAGGAAAUGAGGGGCCUUUGUAUGGUACCUUAGGCAAUGGAGCUCCAUGGGUGCUAACAGUUGGUGCGGGUACUAUUGAUCGUGAAUUUCACGGAAUUUUAACUUUGGGAAAUGGUAUGCAAAUCACAUUUGUGUCCAUGUAUCCAGGGAAUUCUUCUCUAACCCAGGUGUCCCUUGUUUUCUUGAAUGGCUGCAAGAGUGUAGAGGAAAUGAAGAAAAACAAAAACAAGAUUGUUGUGUGCAAAGACAAUCUUAGUUUAAGCACUCAAGUUUACAAUGCCAAGUCCGCAAGAGUUUAUGGAGCUAUAUUCAUUUCCAAUUAUUCAUUACCGGAAUUCGCCACUAAAAGCUCAUUUCCAACAGCAUUUCUUGGUCUGCAUGAAGGCCAAACUGUAAUAGAUUACAUAAAGAGGAAUAACAGUAUUCCAAGAGGAAGCUUGAUAUAUCAUAAGACAGUUAUUGGUACAAAGCCAGCACCAAUGGUGGACAUCUAUAGCUCAAGGGGACCAUUUCCAAGUUGCCCAUCUGUCCUAAAGCCAGACCUUUUGGCACCUGGGUCAUCAAUCCUCGCAUCAUGGUGCCCAACUAGUCCAGUUGCUGAGGUUCGAUCACACCCUUUGUUUAGCAAAUUCAAUCUUGAGUCAGGUACAUCAAUGUCUGCCCCUCAUGUGGCUGGUGUAGCUGCACUUAUUAAAGAAGUGCACCCAGAUUGGAGCCCUGCAGCCAUUAGGUCUGCCCUUAUGACAACAGCAAGUUCACUAGACAACACUUUGAGCCCCAUAAAGGAUAGAGCAUAUAACAAGAGGCAAGCCAGCCCUCUAGACAUAGGAGCUGGCCACAUUAAUCCCAACAAGGCACUUGAUCCUGGACUUGUCUAUGAUGCAACAGCAGAGGACUAUGUAAAGCUUCUUUGUGCAAUGAAUUACACGGCAGCACAAAUCAGAAUCAUUACAAAGUCUACAUACAAUUGUGAGAACCGGUCUUUGGAUCUUAACUACCCAUCUUUUAUAGUUUUUUUUAAUGAAUAUGAUUCCAAUUCCAAGGCAAAGGUUGUGCAUGAAUUUCGGAGGACAGUGACUAAUGUGAGAGAGGGAAGGUGGACUUAUACUGCAAAUGUAACAGGAAUGAAUGGUUUAAUUAAGGUGAAGGUGGAGCCAGAGAAGCUGGUAUUCAAGCAGAAGUAUGAGAAACAAAGCUACAAGCUUAGUUUAGAGGGACCAAAGCCUUUGAAAGAGGUGGUGGUCCAUGGCUCUCUUAGUUGGGUGAAUGAUGAUGGUAAAUAUGUAGUGAGGAGUCCUAUAGUGGUGACUAGUCUUGUCCCGGAAUCUCUUUUAAGGGCAUAGCUAUGAGUAGUGAGUACUACUGGGCAAUUCUAAAGCUCCUUUACUCUGUAUUUUUUUAAUCUUUCCUAGUUCCUUCCUUUUCGAGUACACAACAUUUUUCAAAAUAAAUUCCGUAAUGCUUU